GUGAAGCUCCUCCCACAACAAUCACACCAUCAGUGAAGCUCCUCCAACUGCAGUUCAUCAAUAAAUGCUGGAAUAUUCCCAUCAGUCUACAAGUGAAGACGAGCAUUAAAGCAUCAAGAAGAAGUGAAAUCUACAGAGACAGAGUUUAUUGAAGAACAGAGAGAACAUGAGAGAUCUAGAACCCUGCAGAAUGAAACACACUGAAGAACAAACAGAUCUAAUGGAGGAACCAAAUCAUGUCAAAACUAGAGUAAAAACUCUCUCACAGACUGAAAGAGUUUCUUUACGUAAAAGAAAAGUCAAGAAAAGUUUCACCUGCACUCAGUGUGGAAAGAGUUUCACAUACAAACAGAGUCUUGAGAUUCACAUGAGGAUCCACACUGGAGAGAAACCAUACAGAUGUGAUCAGUGCGGGAAGAGUUUCACAUCAUCAUCAAACUUUAAGAGACACAUGAUCAUCCACACUGGAGAGAAACUUUAUGUAUGUGAUCAAUGCGGAAAAACAUAUUCAUGUGCUUCAUACCUGAAGGAUCACCUGAAAGUUCAUUCAAAGGAGAAACCACAUUCAUGUUCUUUAUGUGGAAAGUGUUUUUCACAUCUGCAGAAAUUAAAAGUUCAUCAGAAGAGACACACUGGUGUGAGAGAAUAUAUGUGUUUUGAGUGCGAGAAGACUUUUAUUACAGCUGAAAAUUUGAAACGGCACCAGAGGAUCCACACUGGAGAGAAACCUUACAUGUGUUCACACUGUGACGAGAGAUUCAGUCGGUCAGGAUCCCUGAAAUCACAUGAGAGGAUCCACACUGGAGAGAAACCUUACAAGUGUUCACACUGUGACAAGAGAUUCAGUCAUUUAGGAUCUCUGAAAACACAUGAGAGGAUCCACACUGGAGAGAAACCUUACAAGUGUUCACACUGUGACAUGAGAUUCAGUCAGUUAGGACACCUGAACUCACAUGAGAUGAUCCACACUGGAGAGAAACCUUACAAGUGUUCACACUGCGACAAGAGAUUCAGUCAGUCAGCAAAUCUGAAAUCACACGAGAAGAUCCACACUGGAGAGAAACCUUACAAGUGUUCACACUGUGACAUGAGAUUCAGUCAGUUAGGACACCUGAACUCACAUGAGAGGAUCCACACUGGAGAAAAACUUUACAUGUGUUCACACUGCGAAAAGAGAUUCAGUCAUUCAGCAUCUCUGAAAUCACACGAGAAGAUCCACACUGGAGAGAAACCUUACAAGUGUUCACACUGUGACAAGAGAUUCAGUCUGUCAGGAGAACUGAAAACACAUGAGAGGAUCCACACUGGAGAGAAACCUUACAAGUGUUCACACUGCGAAAAGAGAUUCAGUCUGUCAGGAUAUCUGAAAUCACAUGAGAGGAUUCACACAGGAGAGAAACCUUACAAGUGUUCACACUGUGACAAGAGAUUCAGUCUGUCAGGAUAUCUGAAAUCACAUGAGAGGAUUCACACUGGAGAGAAACCUUACAAGUGUUCACACUGUGACAAGAGAUUCAGUCAUUCAGCAUCUCUGGUAACACAUGAGAGGAUCCACACUGGAGAGAAACCUUACAAGUGUUCACACUGUGACAAGAGAUUCAGUCAUUCAGCAUCUCUGGUAAUACAUGAGAGGAUUCACAAUGGAGAGAAACCUUACAAGUGUUCACACUGUGACAAGAGAUUCACUCAUUCAGCAUCUCUGAAAUCACAUGAGAGGAUCCACACUGGAGAGAAACCUUACAAGUGUUCACACUGCGACAAGAGAUUCAGUCAGUUAGGACACCUGAAAACACAUGAGAGGAUCCACACUGGAGAGAAACCUUACAAGUGUUCACACUGUGACAAGAGAUUCAGUCAGUUAGGAUCCCUGAAAUCACAUGAGAGGAUUCACACUGGAGAGAAACCUUGC